AUGAUUGUCGUGUGUAUCCUACCAGUUUUUGAACGCACGAGUUCCGUUAUCGUUUUGUUUCUCUUUUUUUUCGUUUCCCCAUUAUAUAAUACUGGUGAACAAUUCACAUGUUUCGACGGUUCAAAGACAUUUUCUUUUGCUAAGGUCAAUGAUGACUAUUGUGACUGCCCAGACGGCAGUGAUGAACCAGGUACUUCUGCGUGUGAGAACGGUGUUUUUCACUGCAUGAAUUUGGGCUAUAAGGCGGACGACAUUCCAUCCAGUAGGGUAAAUGACCAAAUUUGCGAUUGCUGUGAUGGAAGUGAUGAGUGGGACAGCGCUGUAGACUGCCCCAAUAUAUGUGAGAAAGUGGGAGAAAAGUAUCGCGAAGAGAAACAACGUAAAGCUGUUGUUAUUAGGAAAGGUUAUGAGAAACGAAUUGCCUUGGCCGCCGAAGGGAAAAAAUUGAAAGAAGAAAAAAGUAAAGGUGUUGAUAGCAUAAAAAAAGAGAAGGAUGAUUUGGAGCCGUUUCAACCUGUAAAGGGUUUACCAUCUGCUUCCUUUGUGCAAUUCCAGCAUUUCAGAGAUGCUGAAGCGUUUUUAAACGGCGAUUAUGGCUCAGAUGACGCCUGGGCUUCUUUGAAAGGGAACUGUUUUGAAAUGGAUGAAAGCCAGUACACCUACCGUCUUUGCUUGUUUGAUAAGGCUAUCCAGAAGGAGAGGAAUGGUGCCAUAGAAAUAAAUCUAGGAUCCUGGCACGAAUGGUCUGGUGGGGCGACAGACAAGUAUUCUGAACAAACUUAUAAUAAAGGGCAGCAAUGUUGGAACGGGCCUGAAAGGUCAACCAAAGUGAUUCUAGAGUGCGGCGAAGGAACAGCACUGGUGGAAGCGAGUGAACCAGCUCGAUGUGAAUACAGAUUUGUCCUUACGUCGCCAGCUGCUUGUCCAGAUCCUAACACAUUAGUUGAACAUGAAGAGCUUUAA